AUGUCCCAAGUGUUUGAAACCCUCCGUGAUCUGCCCGACACGGUGUUCUCGUUGCUUGGCCAGGACACCAAUCCGUUCAGCGAGCUUGCCAAGCGGUACUUGGAUCCGCUCGCGCCCAAAUUCUCGGUGUUGGAUGAGAUCUACGUCGAUGGCCUCGAUGCCUCGCAAGUGUUUGGCCAGCUGAAGAUGGUGGUUGAAGGGGCAGGGCUGCAGUUGCUUGGCAAUGUGGCCGAUCUCCGUGACCGCUACCACUUGGACAACGCCGAGGGUGACUCUGAGGAGGAGGAGGAUGAAGAAGACGAAGAUGAAGAUGAUGAGGAGACCGCCCUUGGUGACCAAGUUGCCGACGAAGCUGGCGCCUCUAGCGAAGAAGACGACUUUGAAGGGUUUGUCUCUGCUGAAGAAGACCUUCCUGAUGGCCUGGAGCCCGAGGAAGACGAGGAAGCCGGUGAACUCGAAGAUGAAGAAGAAGACCUCGAGGAAGAAGAAGUAGGAGAACUCGAAGACGAGGAACAAGAAGAUGCUGAGGAAGAUGCUGAUGUUGAAGACAAGCCCAAACCUCAACGGGAGGUGAAGGAGAUCACUGAAGACAAGUUCGGCUUAAACGACGGUUUCUUCGAUAUCGAUGAAUACAACAAGCAAGUGCUUGCUCUCGAACACAACGACGGUGCCUUAGAUGACGACAAUGACGAUGAGGAAAUCGAUAUGUUUGGCGACAUUGACGACGGCUCCGACGACGGCAUGGACUACUAUGAUGACUUCUUCGACGCUAAGGGUAAAGUAAGCACUGUAAAGCUGACAGACAAGGCUACUAGUAAAUCCGAUGAAGUCAAGGAUUACGAAGACCUUGAUGAAGACGAUUAUGACGCUGCCGUUGAGGGGGCUCGUCUUGAUUUGUUUGCUGACGACGAUGAAGAAGAGGAAGACCAACAAGCUGGGAAUGACGACGACGAACCUGAAGAAAAGCUUUCUAGUUUUGAGAAGAAACAACGCGAGCUCCAACGGGAAAUCGAAAAGCUUGAGGCUGAGCUUGUGGCUGAUAAGAAAUGGACGAUGAAGGGGGAAGUGUCUGCUAAGGAGCGGCCCAUGGACUCGUUGGUUUCUGAUAGAGACACCCAGGAAUUAGAGUUUGAACGUACAGCUAAGCCCGUACCGGUAAUCACUGAAGAAGUCACGGAACUGCUUGAAGACAUCAUUAGACGGCGCAUCGCCAAUAGUGAGUUCGACGACUUACCCAAACGGUUCAUUUCCGACGUGGCUCUGUUCCAUAAGAAACAGAAAUUCGACUUAAGUGGGGAAAAGCUGACCAAAUCCUUAGCGGAGAUUUAUGAGGACGACUACACCAAGCCUCAAGGUGAAGAGGAAAUCAGUGAACAAGUCAAACAACAACACGACGAGAUCCUGGAUCUUUUCACGCUGGUGUGCCAUAAGCUCGAUACCCUUUGUCUGGCUCAUUUCGUGCCUAAACCUCAUCAAUUCAAGCAGAUUGAGAUUGCGGUGCUGGAUAAUGCCGCUUCCAUUAACACCGAGGACUCGCAGCCGUUGCACGUGUCGCUGGCAGCUACCUUGGCUCCUCAAGAAGUUUACAAAGUUGGUGACGAUAGGGUUAAGGCCAACGGUGCCUUGGGUCGUCUGGAAGUCCAGCUUAAGUCGGGUCUUACCUACUCUAAGGAGGAAUUGACUCGCGAAGAGAAACAGAGACUCAGACGGGCAGCCAAGCGGAAGCGGGCGAAGCAGUUCAACGAGAGACAACUGGUACAGCAACAACAACAGAAACAGGCGGUGGCUGAAGGGAGAGCACCCAAGCGGGCGAAGAAGAGUGACGUCAUCGAUACCCUCGCCAAGGGUAACGUCACCGUCAUCGGCGAUAAAGGUGAGUUGCGUGACGUCAAGGGUAACUUGAAGAAGGAUGGGGGCCUGGCGCGGGCCAGCCACUUGAAGAUGUAG